AUGGUGGACUCGUACCUCACAUUCGAGCCCUCGUUCUGGGAAUUACUGGACAACACACUCUUCGAGUCUACAGAUCAAGUUGUUGUACUCGGAAAGCAGUUCAACAAAAGGGCAGGCGGUACGGGACCGGAAACUGAUCAAGGAUGGGGUUGUAUGUUGCGAUGUGCACAGAUGUUACUUGGCGAAGUCUUGCUACGAAGGCAUAUUGGAAGGGAUUUUGAAUGGAAGGAAGGUGUACCACCGUCAGGUUCUUGCAUUGCGGAAGUACCGAAGCAGAGGGAGCCACCUACACCACAAGCUACAGCACGACAUCUGGCGUUAACUUAUUUCCUUUCGAAACGGAGCUCACAAGCCGUUAUAAAAGUGAUGCCAUUGUGUUGGCGAUUGGAGAUGGUAAAAUUGGACACAAAGCGAUUCUACUACAACGGAGACAACUACGGACUUAUCCGUCGCCGGGAAGAUUAUACCGAUAGUUCUGAAAAUGAAGCCGACGCGCUCUAG